UCCGUGGUCCGGCGGGCUGCCGGGCAACCGACCGGGAAACGGCUGGCGUCGCUGUCCCGCGCGCCGCGGGACUCUUGGGUCCGGUGAGCGCGUGCUCGAGUUUAGGCUGGCGACUCUUCGCAAACUCAAGGGGAGCACGAGUCAGAGGUUAGGCUGGGCCGAGGGCCAGGACGAGGCAUCCUCUAUCGUCACAGCUGGCUCAGUUUCUGCCCACUGAUGCCCCUUCAGAUGGCGCUCCCCACGCUGCCCUCUUAUUGGUCCUGCCGGAGACCCCUGGAUCAGAAAGCAGCUCGCCAGCGAGAGCAGGAGGCCCAACUUCGCCAGCAGUGGGAACAGAACAGCCGUUAUUUCAGGACUUCGGAUCUCCACAGCUCCAAACUGGCGCAAUGGAGCUCCGAGACCUCCUACCAGCGGAGCAUGCACGCCUACCAGCGUGAGAAGAUGAAGGAGGAGAAGAGGAUGAGUCUGGAGGCCCGGCGUGAGAGACUCAGGCAGCUUGUGGUCGAGGAGCAGGACCUGCUGGCCGCUGAGCUGGAAAGGCUGAGUUUGAGCAUGAGCCUGCGGGAAGAGAGAAUCCGGGAACAGCACAGGGAUCUGAAGUCAGCCCGGGAAGAGCGAAGGAAACUGAUUGCUGAACAACUUUUAUAUGAUCACUGGAAAAAAAACAACCCCAAGCUUCGAGAGGUUGAGUUGGACCUUCACAAGAAGCAUGUGAUAAAUUCUUGGGCAACACAGAAAGAAGAAAAAAAACAGCAAGAAGCUGCUGAGGAGCAGGAGAUCCAGCGGUUUGAAAAUGAGUAUGAAGCAGCCCGCAGGGAAGCCAUGGAACGGAUGAAAGCAGAAGAGGAGAGGAGGCAGCUGGAGGGGAAGUUGCAGGCUGAAGCAUUGCAUCAGCAGAUGGAGGAGCUGAAGCAGAAGGAGAUGGAGGCAACCAAGCUGAAGAAGGAGCAAGAGAACCUGCUGAAGCAACACUGGGAGCUGCAGAGGCUGGAGGAAGACAGAAGGCAGAUGGCAGCCCUCCGGUGCAAGGCUGAGCUGGGGCGCUUCUUGAGACAUCAGUACAACGCACAGCUCCAUAGGCGGACCCAGCAGGUCCAGGAGGAGCUGGAGGCAGAUGGGCGGAUCCUGCAGGCACUCCUGGAGAGGGAAGACGAGCUGCAGCGUGUCCAGCUGGCCCGGCGGGAGCAGGCCCUGGCCGACGCAGCCUGGAUGAAGCAGGUCAUCGAGGAGCAGCUGCAGCUGGAGAAAGCUCGGGAGGCAGAGCUGCAGCUACUGCUGAGGGAGGAGGCCAAGGAGAUGUGGGAAAAGAGAGAAGCAGAGUGGGCUCGCGAGCAAAGUGCACGGGACAGACUGAUGAAUGAGGUUCUGAUGGGGAGGCAGCAGCAGAUACAAGAAAAGAUGGAGCAGAACCGGCGGGCACAAGAAGAGACCCUGAAACACAGGGAGAAACUCAUCCAGAGUCUGGAGGAGGCAAGGCAGUCAGCUCAGCGUGCAAAGGAGGAGAGGGAAGAGCUGAAGUCAGCCAGGAAGCAAGAGCUGGAAGCUCAGGUCACAGAGCAGCAGCUCCAGGCUCGGGCAGCAGCCCAGCAGGCGGCGGCAGAGGAGGAGGAGAUCAGGAGGGCGGAACAGCUCUCCAGUGCUCUGGUGCAACAGGAGGCCAAGACCAUGGCUGAGGAGGGCUACCGGCCCAAGCCUUAUGGACACCCCAAAAUUGCCUGGGACUGACGUUAAGCACACGGAAGCAUGCCAACUCGAUAGAAAGCUCCAGACAUUUGUAUAGUGCUUGUUCUGGCCAGGGCUCGCGGUGCUGCUGGGUAGUUUGGCCAGGCCUGUUCAGCACAUCGUGGUCCAGCUAGAUGUCAAGACGCCUUAGGUGUGCAGCACCCGUGAGCACCCUCAAGCAUCCUCCCCUGCUCUCAUCACCAGACAGGUCUUACAGACAGGCUCAUGUUUACAGCACUGUCCAGAGGUGGACAGUGCUUUCUAAAUAGAUUUUAGAGCUACUAAGAACAAGUAGUAUUCCCAGGACGGGAUGUGUAGGUUCCCCUUGUCACGCCUGCACAUGUCAGCUCUAGGGAGGGCCAGCCAGAGAGAGGAGGGAGCCUGUCAGGCUUUAAAGUUGCCGUUUAAUAGGUUGUUCUCUUGUUCUUGUUUUUUUUUGUUUUUGUUGUUUAAUAGGUUGUUGAAGGUAGACUCGUGGGUCUGGGUGCAGUUAUUUCAGGUUAGUAGUUGCGGAGCCCCGAAGCAUCAUGUGUGUAUUGUGUAAGAGCCUGGCAGCCUGGGCGUCAGGAGAAAACGGCAACAAAGAAGCUCCUUGUGCUGGAAGUGCCGUGAGAAUUCCCGCGGGGCUGGGGUGUGGAAGGCUUCCCUAGCAGCCAGGGUCCUCAGUCCAGCCCCAGCCCCAGUUCCACCAGAAAGAAACGAAUCCCACAGAGCAUUAGAACACAUGCCACCCCGAAAAGAGUCCUCAAGGUCACCUGGUGGGCGAGCCUGGUAAAGGCAGGGGCGACACUAUGUCCUUCAGAGUCUGAGGAAGGCCUGUGGGAAUUUUGUGCCCAGAGGAGCCUGUGACCCUGGAGAACCACAGACCAGCCCAUCUCCUGCUGCUGGACCCAUGUGCAGUUCCCAACUCACUUCUGCAGACAAGCUGUGAUCUUGGUAGCAUCAGUGGUAUCUUUAUGACUUGUACUUUUCCUCUUGGAUUCAGUUUUCAUUAUUGUAUUCAAGAUUCCAUACCUCAGUACACUCUAGCUAAUUAUAGGGCACUGUCUGUGGUUACAGAAACAGCCCAGGUCCGAGGGCUGCAUGGCUUUCCUCACUCCCAGCGUGCAACCACAUCCUAUCUCCUCAUUUCUCACUGUGGUUCUCGGAUGUGGCCCCUGAGCAACAUUUUCAUUGGGCACUUGUGAGUUACCCGCGUUUUCAGUGCUCACUAAUUGUGAACUAAAGCACAGGCGGUCACUGCUGUAGGAGGGCACUAGGAGGCCAGUGCACACAGCCGCAUCACGGGUCUUCCCCGGUCACAUUUCAUAGGUUCCAUUCACUUUUCUUGUGAAAGUGGUACUCACCCUUUAUUUUUUGUUUUUGAGACACCAUUUUUCUGUGUAGCCUUGGCUGUCCUGGAACUUAACUUUAUAUAGACCAGGCUGGCCUCGAACUCACAGAGAUCUGCCUGCCUCUGCUUCUGAAGUCAUGGGAUUACAGGCGUGCGCCACUAUGCCUGGCUUUUCCCUCAUAUUUCUAUGGGAACUGCAGAACAUCACUAAUGGUUGUAUACUGCUCCAGGCUAGACCCCAACUGGCCAGACACUACACACGGGUGAUUGAAGGUUUAUUGGACAAACAUUGUUUUUACUAGCAUUAAAUGAUGUCCCACUA